AUGAUUUACAGCAGCCAAACGCCUGGCAGAGACAGAGACAAGCGUGGUGGACAGAACACCAAGAACUAUUACCUUGUCUGGCUAUACAUCCUUGCACUCCGUCUCGUCGCCCCGGCCAGUUUUGUCUAUUGCCUCGUGCACUUCUUGGUUUACAUCUUUCAAGUCCCAUGUCCUACCUUAACCAGCCGCCCAUGGCUUACUCUUGCCUCGUUCUCUGAAGUUGUUUUCUUCCUCAGCAUCCUACGGAAGAGAUGCCAUCUUGAGGGUGCUCCCCCAAAAACUGGCUUCAGAACACACUACGAGCGUGAUGACCUGUUCUACAAAUGCUGCGACUACGUACCAAGCCUCGAGAGGUUCCUCACCAACUGGUUCCAGGGUGCCAGGGUCGAGGAUCUCCGCCGGGACGACAUCAAAGACUUCCUCGCCUGGACCUUUGCUAAGAAGUCGAUAAGUUUCCAAUACUACGAUUGCGACCUUGACCAUUACAUCACACACAUGGAGGGCGUUCUUGGUAGGACCUUUCCCCCGGGGCGAGGCUGCCAUCAAGCCAUGCGCUUGUCGCUCGAUCCGUUGCAGGUUCAGCACAAGCCGCUAGUCUAUUACCUGUUCGUCGUCGGCUUUGCAGACGUAGUUUCAUAUUUCCGGCUCAGGCUCUCUGGCUUCGAUCACUACCGACUCCCCUUAUACAAGCGCAUGUCUGUUUUCCCCUGGCGACCACAAACGAUCUUUUCGAGGACAAUCUCUCCCUCGGAACACUUAUCGUACUUCUACCGACCGCACAGUCGACGUGAUCGGCGACCUGUCCUCUUUAUCCAUGGCUUCGGUCACGGCAUAUCAAAAUAUUCCCGCUUCCUCAAAGACUUUGACCGCCAAAACGGCGACAGCAGCAGCGGCGUGGGCAUCAUCGCUCUGGAGAUUAUGCCGCUCACUACGCGCAUCAACGAGGACGACAUGCUCCCUAUGGACAAGCUGAUGCGGGAAAUUCGGCUGGUUCUGGCAAAACACGGCUGGAAUGAGGUCACGGUUCUAGCCCACUCGGUCGGUACCACCAUCGCCACCCAGCUGCUGCAGCACUUCUGCCAUGUCCCGACCAUCGGCCCGAUGGUCCUCGUCGACCCGAUUGCGAUGACGCUGCACUGGGGCGAGGCGCAGUUCAACCUCCUCUACCGCGAGCCCCGGACGGCGGCCGAGCGGGAGAUGCGGUACCUCUUCGGGGCCGACAUGACCAUCGCGCACAGCGUCACGCAGGAGUUCGGCUGGCAGGACAGCCUGGCCUGGCGGACCGAGUUCUACGGCCGGGAGGUGGCCUUUCUGGUCUCGGGCGAGGAUCUACUCGUUGGCGCACAGGAGACCGUCGAGUACCUCAGCACGUGCGCCGAGGUCCCCGUCCACGCCUCUGAUUCCGCGGACGUUGCGCUGAACCCUGCGCGGUAUGUCACCAGGCAGCCACGUGCCGUGAUCCUGCACGAGGGGCUGGGCCACGGCGAGGUGUUUGACAGCCCUGAGAACUGGAGAGUCUUGAAGGGCGUUCUCCACCAGCAUUGCCGUACCAAAGAUGAUUGA